AUGCUCCACCCUGAGGAUGGGGGACCACCCUCCAAGAGGCUGAGACCUGACAAUUCUGUAAGUCUGUCUGUCUGUCUGUCUGUGUGUGUGGGUGUGUGUGUGUGUGUGUGUGUGUGUGAGAGAGAGUUUGUGUCUUUCUCGCACCCCUUUCUUCCUCUUCUCUCUACCUCUUCCUCUGCUAGGCCAACUAACAGUCAGUCAGACAUAAUGUUACUUCUGUCUGUGUCUGUCUGUGUGGGAGUGUUUGUACGUGUACGUGCAGUGUGUGUGUAUGUGUAUGUUGUGUGUGUGUGUGUGUUUGUGUGUGUACAUUCAAAGCGCUCUGUCCCCAUGGGGGGCAAUGGCCCAGCAGUCCUGAGGGUUUGCAGAUAAAACUCAGCUUCCUUUGAUCUCUGCAAUGAUUUGGGGAGGUUGAAUCUCUCUCCUCUCUCACACACACACACACACACACACACACACACACACACACAACACGACACACACACACAACACCACACACACACACACACACACUGUAAUGGGCGGGAGAGUGUACAGGCACACACUGAUAGGUGCGCUAUAGGAGGGCUUGCUCGCAGAAUGUCUCGCUUCCUCUCUCUCUCUAUCUCUCUCUCUCUCUCUAGCUAGCUCGCUGCUCUCGAAGCUAUACUCUUCGUAUCUAUAGAUCCAUCUCUCUCUCUCUCUCUCCCUCUCUCCUCCAGGACAGUGAGGAGACAGCUGUGGAUGGUAACAAGUGUUGUAGUCUGUGUAACAUGUUCUUUACCUCAGCCAUAGUGGCCCAGUCCCACUACCAGGGAAAGACCCAUGCUAAGAGAGUCAAACUGGUGUUGGGCUCCCCACCUACUAUUACUACUACCCCUCCUACAGGUAACACACCACACACACACACACACAUUUUCCAUUAUACACACACACGUUUCAUGAAUCAGCACUCCUUAUUUCCUGUUCCUGUGUCACAGACCCCUGUCCAUCUGACUUGCCCCCUCUGCCGAUGCCACCGCCCCCAGCCCCUCCCGUUACCUGGCUAGUGACCAAUGGCAACACAGCGUGUAGGUCGUGCUUCCUGUGUGGGGCGUGGUUCAACAACCCAGCGAUGGCCCAGCAGCACUAUGAGGGGAAGAAGCACCGGCGGAACGCAGCCAGGAGACAACUACUGGAACAACUAGCUGAUAACCUGGACAGCAACCAGAACACAGGUUAGAGGUCAGGGUCAGGAAUGCAGCCAGAGCACGAUUACUGGAAAAAUUGGCUGAUAAACUGGAUACGAAGCAGAACACAUGUUAGAGGUCAGGGGUUAGAGGUCAGAGGAUGGGGGGUUUAGAGGUCAAACUAGGGUGAAAGGUUAUGGCAGGUGUAGGUAGGCUCAGGGUUGGGUCUAAGAUGAUAUAAGGUAUGAUUACAGGACCGGCGUUAUGGGGGCCUUAGGGGGCAUGGCCCACCCUACCGUACCUCCUUACCCGUUCAAAUAAAAUAUUUAAAUAUUGAUGAUUUAUUUGACCGAGAUGCGUGCCGACAGAAAGACAAAUAAAUCUCAGAUAAAGCAUCCGAGCGAAACAGCGCCUAAUAUCAUGUAAGAAAGGCUAAUAGUUUGUUAACACCAUCUGCUUUAAUUCGCUCACGAAACAGUAAUUCAAGAAGAUCUAAAUGCAUAUUCCGAUGAAACUGAUUAAUAAUAAUAAUAAUAAUAAUAAUAUGCCAUUUAGCAGAUUGUGUUUAAAUGAUUGGCAUGCGGUUUGGACAUUUCACCGGUAAAACGUGAAGAGUGAUCAUUAACAAUUGACAGUGAUGAUGUCAUGGCCUAUUUAGAAAGGAGGUGUGGCCUAACCUGGUGUUCGGAUGUUCUUGGGACAAGAAGUGUGGGAAUCGGCUGACGUUGCAAUUUGAAGAUGCAUUUUAUGCAAAGGCCUGUUUUACAAUGACAUCUGUCGCUACAAACUUUGAUUGAGAAAUUAGGACGUCAUUAAAAAAUAUAUAUUUUGCGCUCCCUCACCUAAAAAAAAAAAUAGCACUACACCACUGAAAUUGAAGGAAAGUUGGCGGGUGCACAGUGCACUGUUCGGAUGCUGGAAUUAUUUUGGACGAACGUGCGAAGGUACCCUACUUUUUGAAGUGAUUUGUUUGACAAUCAGAUGAAAACAUCAUGACUGGUUGUGUUCAUGCCACAUUAAAAUGUAAUAUAUUUUUACAGUUAAAUUACGUGCAAGAGUGCACACAUAGGAGGUCCUAUGAAAAAGACUUGCCCCAUAUGGAAACGAAAUGCCCGUCCAACUGAUUCGUUCUGGCCGGCCCUUUAUGAUUAGACAGAGAUCAUAUCAUAGGAGACCAGAAAGUGUACAUGGGAGAGUGUUCCAAUCAUUUGAUUCAGUUCCAUUGUGAUCAAGAUCCGAUAAUUUGAUUCAGUCCCAUUAUGAUCAAGUUCCAAUCAUUGUAUUCAGUUCCAUUGUGAUCAAAUUCCAAUCAUUUGAUGAAGUUACAUUGUGAUCAAGUUCCAAUCAUUUAAUUCAGUUCCAUUGUGAUUCAGUUCCAAUCAUUUGAUUCAGUUCCAUUGUGAUCAAGUUCCAAUAAUUUUGAUUCAGUUCCAUUGCGAUUCCGUUCCAAUCAUUUAAUUCAGUUCCAUUGUGAUUCCGUUCCAAUCAUUUAAUUCAGUUCCAUUGUGUGUUCCUGUGUACCUGCAGGUCUGAGGAGCAGUUACAGCUGCAGUAUGUGUGAUGUCACUCUGAACUCAAUAGAACAGUACUACGCACAUCUCCAGGGCUCCAAACACCAAAACAAGUGA